AUGCCUGGACGACGUCUCCCGGCCCAGCCCGUGGACGACAGCCUCUGCAGACGCUGCCAGACCGUUGAGCCGGCCAUUGUCGUCCGCACCGAGCCUCUGUGCAGAGAUUGCUUCAGCAAGUAUGUGCAGACCAAAGUGGUGAAGCGCAUGGAGACUUUCCGCGUCCGCAACUCGGAACUGGGGAAGGUGCGCAAGCUCCUGGUGCCUCUGUCACAUGAUGCGUGCUCGGUGGGGUCGCUACACAUCCUCAGCCAUCACCUGAAGGGUCAGGCAGAGAAAACCGGGCGGACCGGCUUCAAACUGUGCAUAUUACGCAUUGAUGAUGAGCUUGCUGCAGCAGAUGGUCAGCGUGACUCUUCCUUGGCCACGAUUCAGGCUCGAUAUCCGGAGCACGAAUACCGUUCAGCCGCGCUAUCGGAGGUGCUGUCAUUGGACGACUUGUCAAGUUUAUUUCCAGAUGUGUCAGAGAACCGUGUUGAGUGCGCGAGCCCGCGAGACCGACUGCUUUCAAUCUUGAACUCUUCAAAGUCGGCAACGGGUCGGCAAGAUACACUUCAGAUCCUUCGGCGCAAGCUCGUGGUCCAGAUUGCGAAAAGAGAAGAGUGCGAAGCUGUCGUAUGGGAGGACAGCACGACUAAGCUCGCCGAACGAACGCUCGCCGAGACUGCCAAAGGACGAGGUUUCGCACUUCCAUGGACUGUGGCCGAUGGAGAGUCACCCCAUGGCAUUACUUUCUAUUACCCAUUGAGAGAGCUGUUGACCAAGGAAAUCGAGGCAUACAUCUCGUUCGUCGAGCCACCUCUGGACCAGCAACUUGUCAAUCCAGAGAAACCGGCGACUGUGAGUACCAAGAACAUGACAAUCGACGAUCUCAUGAACCAGUACUUUGAGUCGGUCGAACGAGACUACCCGUCGAUCGUGGCAAAUGUUGUCAGGACGACAGGAAAGCUGAAAGCAGCACCAUUGAGCCAGGUGGAACAGCAAUGUGAGCUCUGCAACAUACCGCUCCAAGGCCAAAGCCCAGAAAAGAGUCGAUUGUGCUACGGAUGCAUUCGAAAUAUACCUCAAUCCACCAGCUGA